UUAUUUUCUUAUCUGUGGUCGUAACUAAACCUCAAAACACGAAAAUAAAAACAUUCAACGUUAUAUUUUGGACUAUUUAAGAUGAAAAAUUUGUAGAUUUUAUUUAAAUAAAAUGCCAAUAAAAAGCACACAUAUGUUCGUGCCUCUUUUCGGCUUGAGGUAAGACUUCAAGGUUGAUCCUCCUCAGCAAAGGAUGGCGACAUCAUCGCAGGUCACUGGCAGUGCAAAACUGACCGUCCCUGCUGCCAAGCCAGGUGUAAACAAGGUGGGAGUGAAGGAGGCAGCGAUGUCUCCCGGACAGGCCGUCGCUGACGAGGAGAGGACCGAGCUGCUGGGCUCGUUGACGACGCAGCAGCAACAGCGGACCAGCGCCAGGGUCAUCAAGAAGUUGAGGCUUGAACCGCAAAUCGAUAAACGGGACGCCACGGAAUGUGAGACGCCAACCAAAAUAGAUGACAAAGAACUGAAAUUCCCCACCGUCAAGCAACGCAUGCCGAAGGCGCUCUGGUCGGCCGACGAGAAGAGUUUGUUCUUCGAAGCCCUCAACGAAUACGGCAAGGACUUCGACGCCAUCACGGCGUACAUAUGCGCCAAGAUGAAGAAGAAGGGCAUGCCGGACGCGAACUUGAAAACGAAGAUGCAAGUCAGCCACUUUUACUACAGGACGUGGCAUAAGUUGUCCAAACAUGUCGACUUUGAUGAAAAUGUAAAGAAGGUAGCCCAAGAGCUGUACGCGCUCAUCAACUACGGCGAGCUGCGCCGCAAGCUGGCGUCAGUCAACGAGAAGACGUGCGCGCGCCUGGGCGAGCUGGUGCGCAUGGGCAGCAUGGCCGUGCGCGCGCGCGGCCGGACCGUCAAGGUGCGCACGCCCAUGUGCCGCGCGCUCAAGCGGCUCAACCAGAUCGCAGAGCGCGCCGGGGGUGCUCGCGUGUGCUCGCGCGCGCAGGUGUCGCUGCGCGCGCGCACCGCGGGCGCGUGGGGCCGCGUGCAGGCCGCCGCGCACAACCCGCGCGCCGCCGCCGCGCUGCCGCUGCGCACGCGCCUCGCCGCCCUGCUGCGCGCGCUGGAGAAGCGCUGGAAGACCUCAAAUUACAAAAACUACAAGUUAGAGGAAGGUAUACGAGCAAAACCAAUAGAAGAAUUAACCAAGGAAGUGUUUGAGUAUCAGGAGAUAGCCCCAGGCUGCGAUAACCAUGAGGAUUUGGAGUCGCAUCUACACUUACCGACUGAUAGGAUAAUCGUCCAAGAGUACCGGCUACCCAAGAAACCAGCCCUACAUUUGGGUCCACGACCAGAUAUACAAAUCCAUCUGCCGGUACUAAGUCCCAGUGAGCAGCUGUCGAGCCAGAAGAUAUGCUUCUCUUCGUACCUGGAGAGAAUGGGAUCACAGCGACGAGACAAGGACAGCGGUGUAAAAAUACGCACUCCGAAACGCCAAAGAAAAGACAGCGUCACAGACAAAGAUAAAGAACUCGAAAAGAAGAUUAAAAUAGAAGAUCUAGAUUCCACAAAACUUAUGAACAUAGAUGAAACGGCGAUAGAUGGAAUCGAACUCAUGGCGCAUUACAAAAAUAACCAAGAGGACGAGGAAAAACCGAGCACAGAAGACGAAAAAGACGUUAAAUCUGAAGAAACGGUAGAAGAAGAAAUGGAUAGAGAUAAAGAUAUGCAUGAUAAAUAUAUGUCAGAGAAGGAGAAAGACAGUUUUUCCGAAAUGGAGGACGAUGAGAAGUAUACUAAAAGCGAUACAGAUAAUGAGAGCGACGGGAAAGGUGAUAAGAGUCAGAAGGAGAGGAAAUUUAAGAAUUUAAAGGUGAAGUUCCGUAUAGUCCGACCACCGCAACGAGGUGCAAGCGUCUUCAAGGUUAUCUUAGAAAAGGACUCUGAGGAGUCUAAAACGGUGGAAGUGAAAGUCGACGACUCAAAAAUUGAGGAAAGCCAAGAAGAAGCGAAACCUUACGACUCAAAGUGUGAGGAAAAAGAGGAGGAAAUCAAACCUGACUUUGAUAUGGAUUUGGCUAUUCGACAGAUCAGGAAGGGUUGGAGUGCGUAUGAUGCUGGUGACCUGACCAUUGGAGAUCUUUAUUUAAUGUUCGGCAACCGUUCUAAACUAGAACUUGACUAUUGGUGGGCGAUACCUACCCCACCAUUGCCGCAACCUGUAAGAGCUGUAAAACAAGAAACGUUAGAUAAAGACAAAAAUAUAGAUAAAAGAGAGAAGUGCAAUAAGACUCCAGAUAAGGGAGAUAGUUCAGUAGAGGAUGAGAGGGAAAAAAGGGAAAGCGAUAUGGACAUAUUCUCGCCUAAGAACACUUUUAGUCAGGACAGUAACGAUGGUAUGUCUGGAGAUGAAAGGAAAAGUGAACAGCUUUUAUCUCCCGACCAUAAAUCAUCAGGCACCAUGAAAUUAGUGAACAAGCUUAUCAACAAACCAACUCUGGAACCGGUGCCCGAUGGAUUUUCAUUAGUUAGUGAUAGGUUAAAACGUUUGCUGGCUCUAGCGGGCAACACACACGUGAGCGCAAACGCCGCCCCUGUAGUCGCGCGCUGCGAAUGCGGGCAUGUGUGUCCACUAUCGCAAAAAAAUAAACAGAAACAACAGCCGAACAGUACGCAAGGUGCGGCAAACAUGGCGAAGAUUUCUGAGAGUGCUUCGUCCAUCUUCAAACAUCCCACGCCCAUUGCACCGAAAGGUGAUCCUGAGACGCAUCGCGCAAUGUGCUUGGAUGGCUUGCCGAAAUGGCGGCGUGGCCGACCGCGCAAGUCUGACCGAAGGGUCGUCGUCCAGAGAUUGCUGCCGUUGCUGCCUAAAUUGCCACCUCCCAGCAAUUUAAUACCAGUCAAGCUGGCGCCUAAUCCACCUACAGUUCUGCCGAGACUCUUGCCGAAGCCGCCACCCGCCACUGCAUCUGAAUUCUACUACGUGCUCAGCCAGUCUAACGGUCAAUUCUUCUACCACGAUGGUGACCAGCGUAUUCCCAUCAACCAAAUGCCUUUACCCGACAAUGGAAACCACGAACCAGAUGCAGAUAUCAAAACAGAUGAAGAAGAAGACACAAAAGAUAUAAAGAUCGUCAAAGUGGAGAGUUUGGCGUCCAGCACGGAGCAGAAGCAAGACGACAAGAGUCAAUGUUCUACGAAAUCCGAACAGACCGACAUCACUAGCUUCCUGCCGUCGGAGUCGAUGUCCCUGUCCCCGUCGCGGCUGCUGCGGGACGCGGAGGGCUGGCUGGAGGGCUCGGUGCAGGACUUCUCGCUGAGCUCCUUCCUGGGCCACCUGGAGGGCCGGCCGCGGCCCGAAUCAUCGGUGGAUUCGCAAUUACAAUCGCUGAUGGCUGAAUCCAGUGUGGACUACGUUGCCAAGUUCGCUGACCUUGCCGCCGAGGUCACAGACGAAUCCGACCUUGCCGACGAACUGACUUAAAUAAUUUAUUUGUAAUAGCUGU